GGAACAGGUCCCCCGGCCUUGAAUGCGCACGCUCAGAGGUCGGCAAAAUGGCGGCGCCCGUGGACCUGGAGCUGAAGAAGGCUUUUACUGAACUGCAGGCCAAGGUUAUCGACACACAGCAAAAGGUGAAGCUGGCAGAUAUACAAAUUGAACAACUAAACAGGACGAAAAAGCAUGCACACCUCACUGAUACGGAGAUUAUGACUUUGGUGGAUGAGACACGCAUGUAUGAAGGUGUAGGGAGAAUGUUUAUCCUUCAGACCAAGGGAGUAAUUCACAAUCAACUCUUAGAAAAACAGAAAAUAGCAGAAGAGAAAAUUAAAGAACUUGAGAUCAGCUCGUGUAACGCUCUGCUGCUGUUCCCAGCGAAGACAAGACCAGAGAGUCACUUUGAGUUCCCAUCUAGGCCCCAGUAAUUAGGGGAUGAGGAGGUUCCUGAUACUGCUCCUGGAUUACCUAAACAGAAACCAGCCUGCAGUUCUGAGGGGAAAGGACACCUGGAUUUCCCUUUGCAGUGAAAAUGUAGCAAUAGUUUAUUUCACACCCGUCCUUAGAGCUUGGCCCUUGGUCAGAAUGUAAUGAGGCAGCUGGAGCCCUGGCUCUGUGGGCUGCUCACCAGUGGUGGGAUCUGUGAGGUUACCUUCUCUGGGUUGAGCUUUUAGUGCUUCACUUCUUCCUCUGCUGGUGAUAGCACAUUAUAGAGCUGUUUCGGGUCAUAUUUGGCUCCCUCUUUUCCCCAGCCUUCUCCCUCUCCCUUUACCUGCAGCAGAGGCCUUCACCUGGCCUGGAUCCUUCUUUGCUGAGUCCUAGGCUGCCUCUGCUGCUCCAUUGCUGCUGGCAUUGCCAACUUGAAGGCUUCUUGGAGCCCACUGGGUGCCCAAUGUCGCCCUGUCUGUGAGAGCACAGACCUCGUGCAGAGGACUGACCCAUGCUAGGACAUCCUUGUGUUGGGGAGAAACAAAGGCACUUUGGGACUGAGUAGGGACGGGUGGCAGACCCUCUACGCUGUGAGACUGGAUCCUGCGACCCACCUAAUAGGGUGGGAACACAGCUUAAGGGUGUUCAGCCAUCCCCAAGCAGCUCUUGCCUGAAUCCUGAGCUCACAGGACCUUAGAGUUGAUCUGAUCUGAGCAAGGAGUGGCUCUUUGGCAUUCAGCUCCACCUCCAGUGCUGUGCCAUACACCAGCAGGAGACCACACUCUGCCAGUGGAGAAGAGGCCCUGAGUGGGGAGUGGGGAGGGUUAUUUGAAGAAAUGUGUCUUACCAUCAACACCCAGAGUACGAAUGCUUCAGUGAUGUGUCAGGUAGGAUUAGUGUGCCUAGUACUUUUACUCAUCGGAAGCAAGACCUAAAGGUUUUUUAGCUAGGUUUCCUCCCAAUGGAAGUUUGGAAUCCCAUUGAGUGUAUAAAGACAGACUGAUGGUGGUAACGAUCAGUUAUGUGUCAUAGUAAAUAAAUCAGUUCUUUCAUGACAGCAAUAGAUAUGAUACAACCCCUCUGUUUCCUCGCUUUCCAUCUGGGGUAGUGCAGUUGCAGUGUUGACGCAAGGGGGGGCUAGGCCAGCUCAAGCACAGGUUUACAUUGCAGUGUAAGCAUACACUCCAUUGACCUGCAGCUUAGUGGGUUUUUUUUUCCUUUUAGCCAGGAGCUCCAAACUUUGCAACGCUGUGGUUGUCCCUUGGGCUUGAAUCUGUGAGGUGCUGAGCUCCAACUCCCAUUGGUUGCAGUGGGAUUUGGCAUCUUACAGAACUGGGCCCUUCACUUGUAUUUAGUGGAGCUGACCCUGCAAGCCCUUACUCAGGUGGCCUCAUUGGGCUCCUUGCCAGAGUAAAGACUCCUGAGGUGAGGCCUGGCUGUUAGAAUUUACAUGUAAUAAUAAAUGCAAAUGCGUACAGCACAGAAGUGCUGGUAUUGAGGUCUUCCUUGGAAACUGACUAGACUUGGAGCUCCCCAGGCCAUUAUGGAGGAAUCUCUGGCUUAUCAGUCAGCUCUGUCCAUGGGCUGCCCCUGCAAUAUAGAUGUUCUUAAUGUAGUCCUGAGAGGCCGUAAUCAGGAUCAGGGCCCUGGUGUGCUAGGUUCUGUACAGACACAAAGGUAGGUGCAGCCUCUGCCCUGCAGAGCUUACAAUCUGUUUCGGAGGCAAUAUAGUGAACUGAAGAUGCUCACAGGCCAUUUU